UAUCCCACUAGGCUUGUCUGAUCUCACACACAGGAACAGCCCGUUGGUGGGGGGAGUGUCACCGGUCAGCAUACACCUAGUGACGCAGGAGGAAACUCUACAAUAUCUGAAGUACGAGGGAGGAGAAUAGAAUGAUGUGACAAAGGGAGGGGACAGGAAAAAGUCAAUAUAACAAGUGAAAGUAUGACAUGGCCUAACUAAGCUACUAAGCUGUCCUACCAGAUGACUGCAGCAUGGAAUCCAAGAGCAGGGAAAGGAAAUAGCUUGGGGCUUAUAUAUAGGCACAGUGCUGGGAAACGAAACCAGAGUAAAAGGGAGGGUUGUAGAAAUUGGAUUCAAUCUUAAAUUCACAACUAAGAUGCAGCAGAUGGCCGUCAUGCGCAAAACUAUUACGCUAUUGCUGCUGAUGAUCAGCUCACCAUUGGUACAUUGUACUGAGCAGGGGGAAUCACAAGAAAGUAAGGCUGCAGGGGAGGACAGUAAAUGGUUUUCUGGUGCUCCGGAAAUGCAAGACUUGGCCCAUCUUUCCUGGGAGUAUGUACAUGACCUUCAGUGUUGGCUGUGGCCGGAAAAGUGCGACGAGAUGAAAACGGAUCUUGCGGACUGGAGUUGGGGGAGCUUUGGAUGGGAUGACCUGGCUGACCUGGCUACUGUAGUAGUGACUAGUCUCACUGAUCCUACACAAGGGACUGUUAUCAACAACCUCACAGGCCUGCAGUGGGAUCUGGAGCAGAGAGUACAUGGCCAGCAUCUGGCAGUGAAGCAGAUCUUAUCUUCUGUUAAGAGGUUCCUGCAGGAAGAUGAGUCUAAAAAGUCCCGGGUGCUCUCAUUCCAUGGGUGGACAGGCACUGGAAAGAACCUUGCUGUCCGUGUCAUUGCAGAGAAUCUUUACCAUAAUGGGCUCCGGAACCGCUGCACCAAAGUGUUCAUUCCACAGCUGCACUUUCCUCACCAGUCACACAUGGAGGCGUACAAGGUUCAGCUGAAGAAGCAGAUCACACAGAUUUCCUCUCGCUGUGCACAGCCCAUGUUUGUAUUUGAUGAAGCGGACAAACUACCACCAGCCCUCCUGGAGCCUCUGUUGCCCCUUUUUAAAGAUGACCACCAGACCCGCAGCAUCCUCAUACUUCUCAGUGGUAUUGGCAGCAAAACAAUCAAUGAGAUUACACUAAACUUUUGGCAUGCUGGGCGACAUCGCGAGGUGAUUACUUUGAAUGAUUUGGAAGAACCAUUGAAGGCUGCUGUGGAGCACGAAGAUCAGCUCCUUCCAUGGCAACUGCUAAAAGAGGGUCUUAUUGAUGACUUUGUGCCGUUUUUGCCUUUGGAACGCUCCCAUGUCAAGAUGUGUGCUCGAGAUGUCUUUGCUGCUCAAGCUUUACCGUAUACAGAGAGUUCUUUAGAUAAAGUGCUCCAGGAGCUUGUGUUUGUGCCAAAGAAUGAGAGGGUUUUCUCUGCUCAUGGAUGUAAGCAUGUGGCCCAAAGAAUCCAUUCCAUGAAGCCUUGAUAUGUGGACAGUAGGGUCUCGGAGGCUACGUUACAAACCACAAGCUUCAUUGGCCUGGAAAUCGGACACACAGAAACUUGGCAAUAGACAUCACUUGCUGCUACAUUAUGAAAGACUUCAGGAGAAGCCUGACCCUUUUUCUCAUAUUCUGCAUUAUACUUUAUUGAAAGGUCAACAUUUUACUUAAUUUCUUUAGUGAAAAACUAGAGGAAAAAAAAAUACACAAUGAAGUACCUCAUUAAGGCCAUGUU